AUGGAUAGUAAUUCUGUAUCACCGAUGCCGGAAUUGGCGCCCAUUGCGGAGUUCGACAAGUCGCCACCCUCGCCGCCCAACGAGGAAGUUCCGAUGGACGACUUGCCACCACCUCCCGCCACGAUCACCCAGGCUGAAGGAAAAAAGAUUCAAUUUGGGUCUCAGUCGCAGGGAGCUAGUCUCUCAGGAAAUGGGAUAAAAUUGAUGCCGUUUAAUGUCGCGCUCGUGUACGGGACACAUGAGAUCGCAACAAUAUCGACUCGACUGAAU